GAGAGGGAUUACAGGGAUUCGUCUUCGGCUGCUUUAAAGCAGGAGCUGCCGCAGCUGCAGACGCACAUCAAAGGUCCUCCUCCACAUUUUUCACCACCUCCGCUUCCUCCUCCUCCUCCUCACUGCAGCUCUCACCGACGGUAGGUCCAAUGGAUGGUGGUGGAGCCCGUUGAUCGUGUUACGCAGCAGCGGGAUCGGUGUCCGGGCGACAUAACAGGACACAGCGCGCGCGUACUCGGAAUUUCACCAGUCCACGAGGAACCGCGCAGAGACGAUGCGCUGAGGAGAAAAUCGGCCCAGGCUCCCCCGCUUCUUUAACGCGAGGCUGCAGCGAACGGAGGGGGUGGAUUGCGGUAUAACGAGGGUUUCUAUCAGCAUCCGUAAAGGUCGCGUCUGUGAGGGGAAAGAACGGGAGAGUCUCGCCCCUGAGCGGGGUGAUCAGCGGAGACGUGUACGUCUAGAUAAAUUAUGGCCACCCUACUGCGGAAAAUCGGUCUGAUCCGUCUGCACGACCGAGACACAGAGGACCCAAAGCAUCAUCAGGGCUCGCUAAAGGGGACCAAAGGGAACCAGAAGAACAACGCCAACAAACACUGUCAGACCGCCAACGAAACCAACCUCCUGAGUACCCCGGAGAUCAAGGCGAGGAAGCUGGACCAGCACGGCAAGGACAAGCAGGGCAAGGAUGCGAAGGAGAAGCAGCAGACGGGAGGAGGCGGGAGUAAAGCUACCAGUGCCUCCUCCGUGACGCCGCUGGCGCCGCACCGGCAGCACUGCACCCAGGUGCGGACGCGGAGGCUGAUGAAGGAGCUGCAGGAGAUCCGGAGGUUAGGGGACAACUUCAUCACGGUGGAGCUGGUGGAGGACAACCUGUAUGACUGGAACGUCAAGCUGCACCAGGUAGACAAGGACUCGGCGCUGUGGCAGGACAUGAAGGAGACCAGCACCGAGUUCAUUCUGCUCAACGUCACCUUCCCAGAUAACUUCCCCUUCUCACCGCCGUUCAUGCGGGUUCUGACGCCCCGGUUGGAGAACGGCUACGUGCUGGACGGCGGGGCCAUAUGCAUGGAGCUGUUGACCCCCCGCGGAUGGUCCAGCGCCUACACGGUGGAGGCAGUCAUGAGGCAGUUUGCUGCCAGCCUCGUAAAAGGACAGGGUCGUAUAUGCAGGAAAACAGGCAAGUCCAAGAAAGCCUUCAGUCGUAAAGAAGCAGAGGCCACCUUUAAGUCGCUGGUGAAGACCCACGAGAAGUACGGCUGGGUGUCCCCGCCCAUCUCCGACGGCUGAGUGCCGAGACGACGUCCCCCCGACCCCUUUGCUAGCCGGAGUGGAAACCCCAGCUAGCUCCAACACGCAAACCAACCCACCACGCUAACUCAACAUGAUCUCAUCUUCACCUUUGGCUCUUUCACUCGAGGCUUUUCUUUAUUACGAUUCUUUUUUCCGGUUUAUGGUUUGUGUGUUCUAGGGUUUUUUUCAUUCACGUCUCCAACCUUUCGGAGGGUUGACGUGCGGUAACUACUCAACAAAAAAAGCAACUAUUUGAUUAGACUUUCUUCUUGCAAAAGGAUUCUUUCCCUAAUUUUGGAAAGACCUGGGAGCGAGAUGUAUGCAUGCGUGUGUAUGACUCCGUCACCUCACCAGCUGGGAGUGUGUGCACGUGCAUCACUGUUACUGGACCUUUUUUAUUUGUGUUAUUUUCUUCCGGUGGUAUUUUCUUUCUUUCCUGAUGCACACCCAUGCGUGUGCAGUCUGAAUAAUUGGAUCUUGUGGACUUUUUCCACCUUUGUGAAAGACUAAACUGACUGAAGGAGACUCAUUCCCCUUCUCUUCUGACCCCAUCCAUCAGUCUUUACUCCUCUGAACGUCACAGCCGACCGUCCCUGUAGCUGUCGAGCCAUUUACAUAUAAAUGAAGCUGUUAAUGUUUAAUAGGCGAGCAGCGUGCUGGCGUUUACACCAACUCAUUCAAUACUUCAUUUUCCUCUUUCCUUCGACUGUGCCAUUGCUCACGGUUCAAUGCAACAUAAAGAUUGUAAUUUACGUGGAGCUGUGCUCUCUUUCUUUCUCUUUCUUUCUAAAACUAGCUUUGUUUCUCUCUUUCUGUCUCUUGUGACUAAAUUUAGAGCUCGCUGUAGGUAUCGAUUCCUAGUGAAGAAAAAAAACCUCAUGUUGUGCUGAGCCUGUGUAUGAUACUGAGAAUGACAGUCAUCUUCUUUUGAUUUAGCCCUACCCUGUGUGUGUGCGUGUGCAUGUGUGUGUGUGUGUGUGUGUGUGUGUGUGUUAGCGAGGAGGACAACCCUUUAAACAGUAAAAAAAAAAGAAAAUACUGUGAAAUGACACUACGGCCUAAAGCUAAACUACUAACCACCUCGUUCCACUGUCUGUGUUAGCUCUUUAUUCAAAGUAAUGUAACAUGAGUCCAGUUAUGACCUAAAACCAUUUUUUUUUUAUAUUCCAGCCGGUUCUAAAAACAGAAAAGUUUGAGCCGUGCUCCAGACGCGCACACUGGGCCUCGCCGCCGCUCACCUGGAUGGCUGCGCUGACACCUGAGAAUAACGACAGACAGGGUCAGGAGCGCUGCUGAGGAUGGAGAGGUGCUUUAAACAAGUGUUUGCCUCAGAGCUCUCCUGACUGAUGCCUGUUAGGAGCGCUAAAAGCAGCAGGGAGGAGAGGAGAAGGAAACUGCGUGAGCUUUGAUCACUGCUGGCUGCUCCUGGGGAAAAGUCAGCUGGCUUGGAAAAUAGCUGAAGACAGAUACGGUUUGCUCUACCUGCUGCAGAGUUCUCCAGUUCCAACCUUUGGGUGGACUUUAUUAAUGUCUAAUAUUAACAGUAGAGCUGCAGUCGGCGGAUGUUCUGUCUACUCAGACUAAACUAGCCCAGUUUGUUUUGCUAUUUGCCAGUAAAAUGUCAGAGGGAAGGCUGCUAAUUGGCCUGACAUUUCAGCAGAGCGUCAUUAGAAAAGAGCAGCAGAAGGAUGGAGGACGUCAAACCUGACGUGUCGUCACUUUCCUCUCCCAGCUUGUUUGGCGGGUGGGGUUGCUCCAACUCCCUUUGUGCCAUUCAGCUCUCAGCGGAGCGCCUUGGUGAUCACCAAGCGGGUCGUUCGUGUCUCUGAGCUGCACACCACCUGUAAACCCAGCCUCAAAGCUCCGCUCGCGUUGCAUUCGUGGCCGAUGACACGCCUGUCCGUGCACGUGUAGGCGGAUAUGUUUCACACUUGUCAUUCAAGAAAAAAAACUGGUAAAAAGAGACAAAAACAGCAACACACCAUCUGGUAUUUGAUCAUAUUUGGAAGUGUGUUAGUGCUCUUUGGAUCUGGCUAGUCAUUUCAGGGUUGAUCGUUUAGUGAUCUCUUGGCUUGUCAACAAAGAAAACUGUAAACUGAAUUAUUAUUAAGACAAAAGAUCUCAACACUUGAGUGUUUGCUGGUUUCAACAGAAUAAUUUUGUGAUAUAGUUUAGAGUGGUAGAUUGCAGAAACUAUCUGGGUGAACUGAUUAUUUGUAUUAUAUCUGCAUGUGAUAUGUGAUUGGUAGCUAGCUACUGUACAACCUUUUUUUUCCAAGAAAAGCAAGAAAAACGAGGAAAAAAGAUAAAUGCAAAUGCUUCUCUUCUUGUUUUGAUUUAAAAUCUUGCGUUGAUCUUGAGUUCCGUACUGUAUGGACUUUCCGUUUCCUUCAAAAUGUCCUGGAAAUGUCACGUUGUGUUUUAUGAAUGUUUGUGUUUUAAUUUAUUUGUGGUUUGCCAAAACGAUGAUUUGAAGCAUGUUGCAGGUUUUGUCACGAGAAAACGAAGAAAAAAAAACUACUGAGAUGUAUUCGUGUGUUGGGGGAAGGUGUGUUUAUUUGUGGGGGGGUUCAGUGAGCAAAGACAGACAGAUGUUUAGAAAGCUUUGAGAUUAAAAUGAAGAAUUCCAGGAGUGGAGCAAAGUGGGAAAAACAUUCCCUCACUCCUGGGAGCACAUCCUCGUCCUCCACGAUGUCACUACUGUCCCUUCCCCAUUGGUCCUGCUCGAUUCACUGAUUUGGCUUGUGGCAAUGCUUAGUGACAGAUCUGGGAUCAGUACGACCUCCCAGUGCUUCAAAUCAAACCUGUCAAGUUAUCAGUUCCUGUGGACAGCUCUGUCCCACUUCAGUGUUUGGUCACAACCGAGGUCUUAAACGUUCAAAGGGUGAAAGGUCACUGAAAGACCAAACAGGAAUGUGCAAUAAAAGUUACAGCUUAUUCAAACUGGA